AUGGACAACUGUUUGGCUUUCCAGAGCAAGUUAACCUCCAUCAUGGAUGUGUUAGCCAAAGCAGCCGUUGUGGAAAUCAGCAAACUGUGGGAGGACGGCUUUGCCUUCGUCCAAGUCGAGCUUCGUCGCAGAGAAAGCGAAAUUCAAGCUUUAAAUAUAAAGCUGAUGUCGAUGGAAAAGGAGCGCUUAACGGCUAUUUCUCAGACUGCAACUAAUAUGAACUCAUCUUUUUCCAUCAGAGAGCAACAAAUCAAGCUACUGCCCCCUGCCGGUGAUGGGCCUUCAGGUGAUUCAGUUCAGACAUCGUCUUCUGACUCAGGCAUCCAAAGGAAAGCGGACUCUUCGAUGAUCAACAGAACGCCUCCACCUGCUCAGACAGGGAAAGAUCAAACCCAAAUGAAGCAUCUUAAAUCUAAAAUCUGUGAAGACGAGGACGAUGAUUAUUUAGUCAAGCUUGAAGAUGACGAUCUUCAGAUUGUGGAGCAAGCAGCAGAUCUGGAUCCCAGCAGCAGCGAGACAGCAGAUCAUUGUGAGAUGGAUCAGAGCCAACAGCCAGCUGAAGGUCUGCAGCAACAGGAGACACAGCCGUGGUUGUCCAUAACGAUGGGAGACAGCGACACAGCAGACGACUCAGACUGCUACUUUGAACCAAAGCAGCUGCCGCAAAACGUAGACUCUGAAAUCUUGCUUAUUCAGAAUGCCUUGGACAUCUUUGAUAGUUCAGCAGAGGCGGUGCAUUCCCACAGGGCUGUGAGGGACAUGGGGACAGUCCACAGUGGCUCAAGUAAACCCAGAGGACCUGGAGCUUUCAGUCAUUCUCAGCCAACGCAAGCGUUCAGUCACCCUGAGAGAGAGACUUGCAUCGGGUCCCUUCCAGAAAAACCGCUGAUUAAGAACACGUCAGCCUUUAACCCAGAAAGGAGAGGAUUUCUGUUAAAUGACUCUGAGUUGCACAAAACGGUAGCGAGUCACCGCGUCAAGGAGAAGUGGUACAUCUGCCCGUUCUGUGGCAAAAGCUUCGAUCGCAUCAGCCACCUGGAGAUUCACCAGCGAAUUCACACGGGAGAGAAGCCGUACACCUGCGACACGUGUGGCAAGUGUUUUUCUCAGAGGAGUAACCUGCGCACUCAUCAACGAACUCACAAAGAGAAACUUACUCAGACUGUCGUUUAACAGAAAAUUCCCUCUAGUGUUUUUAUUACUAAACAUUGUAGCCGAUUGAUUUUAAUGUGCACUUUUAAGGGACAUCUUAGAUCUUAGGAACUGGGAUGGAUGUUGAAUAACAGGAAAGCUUUUAGUAAUAUAAACUUUAUUAACUUAACUAAAUACUGAUUAUGAUUUGUUAAAUAAAAACAUCUCAUGUUGAUUAUGGAA